UGUUACCUUGCCUUUGCAUUUGGAAUACAUUGAAAAAUAUUCUUAUAUAUAUUAGAAUAUUUUUCAAGAGUAUAAAGAAAAGAAAGACAAAUUAAAAUGCUUGAAUUUUGUGUUUCUCUAAAGAACAAGCUUCAAUGCAAACCCAACAAAAAACAUGUUUAUGAUCCAAAGACAAUUAAGCACCAAAAAGGUAAGAAUAAUCAGAGAACAAAGUCGGGUUUACUCGAUCAUUCAAAUAUCAUCCAAGGAAGCAAGAGGUUCUUAACAAAUUCAUCAAGUUUGUAUCAAGAAUCUGAAGGGAGCAUUGAAAUAAGUGAUCCUAUAAUCCAUGAAAUUCUUCAUGAUAGCUCAAUAGGUCAAAUUUGUUCGAGUGGACGUAAGGAUUUCGAAGGUUCUUUUCGAACAACUAGAAGCGCAUCUACAUCUUCAUGGUUAACCAAUCCUGUUGAUUAUAAUGAAGAAAAUGUCUCAUCUCGAACAAGGUUGUUGGUUCAGAUGGAUUCUGAUGAUGGUCCUUCAAUUUUGAUAUGUCACAAGUGUGGUGAGAAACUGAAAAACCUUAAUGAUGUUGAAACUCACCAUAUCACUGAACAUUAUUCAGUGACGGAACUUGAAGAAACUUCAUCUAGGAAGAUUGUGGAAACAAUAUGUGAAAGUGGAACAAGCUUUAUUAGUUCUGAAUUGUGGCAGAUUGAUUGUAUCUUAAAAGUCCACAACAUGCCAAAAACAUUUCAAUGCUUUGAAGAGUAUAGAGAAAUGGUGAAGAUUAAUGCCAACAAGCUACAAAUUAAGAAUCAUGCACGUUGCCUUGUUGAUGGAAAUGAGCUUUUAAUGUUUCAUGGCACUAACAUUGCAUGCUCUCUUGGCAUAAAUGGUUCUUAUAGUUUAUGCACUUUAGACUAUUGUGGUGUAUGUCAAAUUUUGAGGCAUGGUUUUUCUACUAACAAGGAAUUUCAAGGUGCAUUAGGAGUUUACACAAGUUCCACAAGUGGAAAAGCCUUUGAUUCAAUUAUGCUAUCUGAUGAGAGAGCAUUUACAAGAAAGGCAGUUAUAAUGUGUAGAGUAAUAGCUGGGAGAGUUCAUUGUCCUUUUGAAGAAAUUCAAGAAAAAAUUGAUUCAGGAUUUGAUUCAUUUGCUGAAAAGAUAAGUGAUCAUUCAAAUAUUGAGGAACUAUGUUUGUUGAAUCCUAAAGCUCUGCUCCCUUGCUUUGUGGUAAUCUACAAACAAAAAUAGAUGGAAAUUAAAAGGUUCAACUCAAGCUCAAGGAUAAGUAGAUAAAGUAUGUAGGAUAAGCUAUGCUCCCUCUCUUUUUAGAUUUUUCAGUCUUUUCAUAUAUUUAUAUAAAAUAUGUAUUCAAAGUUGGACAGCAUUGUUACCCGAUAGAUUAGCAACUUUUGUUGUUGAAA